AUGUUAUCACAUGAAAAUCUGUUAGCAACUGCAAAAGGUCAUCUCAUGCGUUUAGAUAAAGCGAAUAUUAAAAGCCCUUUAACUGAUCGACAUUGUUCAUUUUUACCUAUGGCUCAUAUAUAUGAACGAUUUAUACUUUUACAAGCUUUAUUACGUGGUACACAACUUGUAUUUUGUCCUGCACCUGAAAAACUUCCAAAUUACUUGUCGAUUGUAAAACCAUCUCAAGCUUCUGUUGUACCACGUGUUUUGAACAAAGUUUAUGAUGCAAUUAUGACUGAAGUGAGUAAAAGUAAAAUAAAAAAGUUUCUUGUUCAACAAGCAUUACGUGAACAACCAUCGUUUCUAUCACAUUUUGCUUUUCGUAAAGUCAAAAAUCUAUUUGGUAAUGAGGUAAAAGUAAUGAUAACAGGUGCAGCACCAAUCACACCAGAUGUCAUGCAUUUUUUUCGUAUUGCACUCAACAUACCAAUUAUGGAAGGAUAUGGUCAAACAGAAUCGGCAGGUGCUGGUACAAGUACUCAUCCAACUGAUAUGUCAUAUGGCACAAUAGGUUCGCCUGUACCAGUCGUCGAAAUCAAGUUGAUUGAUGUACCUGGCACAACAUAUCGAAGUGAGAUGAAUCAAGGAGAAGUUUGUAUCCGUGGGCCAAGUGUUUUUAAAGGUUAUUAUGGUGAUGAGGCAAAGACAAUGGAAGUUCUUGAUAAAGACGGCUGGUUGCAUACAGGUGAUGUAGGAGAAUGGGCUAGCAAUGGUGCAUUACGUAUUAUUGAUCGUACAAAGCAUAUAUUUAAACUAUGUCAAGGAAAAUAUAUUGCACCAGAACGUCUUGAAGAUAUUUAUAUUCGUUCUCGAUGGGUUGCACAAAUUUUUAUUGAUGGAAUAUCUACUGAAACAACUGUCGUAGCCAUUGUGAUACCUGAUGAAGAAUAUGUUCGAAAGAAUUUUCAAUCAAUAGCCACUGAAACAGCAUUUGCUGACUUGUGUAAGAAUGAAAAAUUAAAAGAAAUUAUUUUAUCUGAUUUAAAACGAUUGUCAGAAAAGUAUAAACUUAAAACUUAUCAAACAUUAAGCAAUAUUUAUCUUCAUCCUGAACUUUUUUCACAAAACAAUGGACUUCUUACAGUAACACUGAAAACACGCCGAGCAAAUGCUCGAAAACAUUUUCAAUCAAUAAUUAAAUCACUUUAUCAAGUUGAUCCAACUACAGCAAGCAGGGUUUCAUAG